CCACCUAUAACGCCCACACCAAAGUGGCUGUGAAGACCAUGAAGCCGGGAACCAUGACGGUGACGGCCUUCCUUGAAGAAGCCAACAUCAUGAAGACCCUGCAGCAUGACAAGCUGGUCAGACUCCACGCGGUGGUGACCAAGGAAGAGCCCAUUUUCAUCAUCACCGAAUUCAUGGAGAAAGGAAGCUUGCUGGAUUUCUUAAAAAGUGAGGAAGGCAAGAAACAGCCCUUCCCCAAGCUGAUCGACUUCUCUGCCCAGGCGCGAAGUUCCCCAUCAAGUGGACCGCCCCCGAAGCGAUCAAUUAUGGGUCCUUCACCAUAAAGUCCGACGUGUGGUCCUUCGGGAUCUUGCUGAUGGAGAUCAUUACCUACGGGCAGACUCCGUAUCCAGGUGGGUAGCCGGAAAGGUCCCUUCCUGCUCUGA